UUUUUAUGCACUUUCGUAGCUUAAGUUCAAUCCGUAUCCAGAACGCAUUGAGGCGCAUCACGUCCACAAGUUCCCGUUACAUCCCGGUCAAUGGUGCACUUGCCGGAUCGAUGUCUACGGCAAUUUGGACGUGAGCAAUGCCUACCAUUGGAUGUCCCGGAGAGUCAGAAGGGGUACCACGGGAAAGAUGGCCGACAAGGAGCUACUAAUUGGCAGGAGGAGUAUGCGAAAUUGAUCCGCCUGUGGAAUGUUAGACAAGAUCAGGAUAUUGUGACGGGAUCUCAUGUGGGGCGGAUGGGCUACCAUGACCCUUACAUGGAAACAUACCGAAGACAAUCUGUUCGGUACAUGACCCCCGAAGGUGCGGCGGACGGAGCUUUGGUUGAUGGCAUCGAGCGAAUACACGACCUCGCGCGGACGGCAAAUCAUUCGACUGCGGGUCGAGAGGUGGGGCUCAUUCGAAGGAUAGCGAACAGU